GAUUCGUUUGCUUUGAUGGGUCGCGAUCGCAUUCUCACUUUUCUGUAGUCCUGUCGUUUGAGAUUUUUGUGUUGGGUGUCUGUAGAUUGUAGUAAUAAUUGCUAUGGAAGAGUUUGCUGAUUUAAGCUGAAUUACGGGACAGAGUUUUUUUUUUCUUUCCAUUGUAAAGCUUUUUGGAGAGGCCGAUUUAGAGCCUGUGAAGAUGAACGGGGAGAGAUACAUCGGAGUGGCUUUGGAUUUCUCACCAAGCAGCAGGUAUGCUUUACAGUGGACCGUGAGUAACAUCCUGCGCGAAAACGACCACCUCAUAGUCAUCGUCGUGAAUAAGGAACCGAUGCUCGAAAGUGGUCGAUCAGCUCUUUGGCAAGCUACUGGAACUCCUUUUGUCCCGUUGGCUGCUGCAGAGAACCCGGUCAAUCAGCAGGCUUACCAACUGAAGCUUGACGAGGAAAUCUCGAAGCUUCUACACGAAGCCGCUGCGAAGAAGGUUGUAGUGGUCUUCAAGAUUUACUGGGGAGACCCCAAGGAGAAGAUCUGCAAUUCUGUGGUAGAUGCGCCACUUGAUUUUCUUAUCAUGGGAUGCCGAGGCCUUAGCAGGCUCAGAAGAUCCAUAUUGGGGAGCGUCAGCAACUACGUUUCGAAUAAUGUGCCCUGCCCUGUCACCAUUGUCAAGCUGCCACCCAGCUAAGCAAUAGCAGUUGAUGCCGCGUCAGGCAGGGAAACGAUUAAUAUAAUUUAGACUCAUGUCAUCGUUCCUACACACCUCUUCUCAACUCCCAUAGUCAUAGGGUCUGUAAUUCAACUGGCGUUUUUCCCCUUGUUGUACUUACCUCUCAGUUAACAAUUCUAUUGAGCCGAGCAGCACCUAUGUCCGCAUCUAGAAGGAAUUCUGCACCUUCUACCAUGUGUUUAUGAUGGAUAUUAAGCGAAUUUUUAAUGCAUC